CAUACCACUCUAGCUUAAAACAGAACAUAUCUGUCUUCAACAAUGGCUCUCAUUUGAUCUGCGUCUGUCUAUGCGGCUGGCCUGGAUCUGUUUGCUGAGAUUUCUGCCUUACUGGUUAUGAAUUUAUGGAAGGAUUUCUGGUAGGUCCCUUGAGACAAGAUGUAGUACUGUUGAAACAUCGGCCUGCCUUCAUUCACAGAUAGUUGAGCUUUUCAGCCGGGAAGCCUUUCCAGUUUUCUUUCAGCUUACUGAACUUAUGAAACCAUGGCAGAAGGAGAGACGGAGUCACCUGGGCCCAAAAAGUGUGGCCCAUAUAUCUCAUCUGUCACUAGCCAGAGUGUGAACUUGGUGAUUCGAGGAGUAGUCUUAUUUUUUAUUGGAGUAUUUCUUGCUUUAGUGUUAAAUUUGCUCCAGAUUCAGAGAAAUGUGACGCUAUUUCCACCAGAUGUAAUUGCAAGCAUCUUUUCUUCUGCAUGGUGGGUGCCACCAUGCUGUGGCACAGCUUCAGCUGUGAUUGGGUUACUAUACCCCUGCAUUGACAGGCAUCUAGGAGAACCACAUAAAUUUAAAAGAGAGUGGUCCAGUGUAAUGCGGUGUGUAGCUGUCUUUGUUGGUAUAAAUCAUGCCAGUGCUAAAGUGGAUUUUGAUAACAACAUACAAUUGUCUCUCACACUGGCUGCACUCUCCAUUGGACUGUGGUGGACUUUUGAUAGAUCUAGAAGUGGUUUUGGCCUUGGAGUAGGAAUUGCUUUCCUGGCAACCGUGGUCACUCAACUGCUAGUCUAUAACGGUGUUUAUCAGUAUACAUCUCCAGAUUUUCUCUAUGUUCGUUCCUGGUUACCAUGUAUAUAUUUUGCUGGAGGCAUAACAAUGGGAAACAUUGGUCGACAACUGGCAAUGUAUGAAUGUAAAGUUAUUGCAGAAAAAUCUCAUCAAGAAUGAAGAAGGCAAAAAUAUAUAUUUUGUACAGAAAAACACCAAGAAAAGGAGCAUGUAAAUUAUAUAAACAAAACUUUGGACUGUAAAAUUGCCAGGAUGCAGUUUUUUGCUUGAUUUGUGUGUAUAGAUAUACACACACACACACAACACACACACACAACAUACAUUACUACUGCAAUCUGUGAUUGCUUCACCUGUAAAUCAGUUACAAACCUUUAUGUAUUUGACUUAAAACUGUAAGAUAUAUGUGCGUUACAUUAAAGAUGUUGAUUAGCAGAUACAUUUUUUAAAUUAAUUUUUUAAACAUACCAUACACUAUAUCACAAUGUUAAUGUGCCAAAAUAUUCUAUUACUGUCAUCCAGAGCCUAAGAAUGCUUUGAACAAUUUGUAAAUUUAGUGAAAUAAAAUAAGAAGAACGCCAAAAAUAAAAAUAAAUGGGAAGCUGGUGUUUUCUCUGUCACUUACUGUUGUACCUUUUUGUUUUUCCAAUCAUAGCAGUUGAGUCAUGAGUGCCCAAAUGUAUGGUUGGUUUUUAUUUUGAUGUUGUUUCAAAGAGUUUUAAAUAUUUCAGAAUAUAAUGAAAAUGAACCUUGAUAGAGAAGAGUUUCAAACCUGCAUUACCGGAUAGAGCCAAGAAAGUAAUUUCUGUUUAGACACAUUUUAUUAGAGUUAUAUGUGAUGAACAGAUGAUAAGCACCAUUAAACUAUUUUGAAUCUAAACUUGGAAGAAAAUACUUAAUUAAAAGUUAGUGAAUUUAAUUAGAAUAAAUAUAUGUUUUGGAACAGCAAAGUGACCUUUUGCACUGUCAUGAAAUAGAAAGUGAUAUUAGCUGUUAUUUGCAGUACCGAAUCUCACACUGCUUUUGCACAUGGGACAGAUAAGAAACUCCAAACAGAUCAAAAUGAAGUUUCUAAUUCUAUUGGGGUCUAUAAUCUAAGGUUCUGUAAAACAAACCACUUUAGCUGGGCUUAGUCUUAUGACUCAUUGUCAGUGGAAUGCGUGGAUUUGCAACCUUAUCGUAAGCAGUCUGGGGAAUGGAUGGGUGCAUAAUUUCUUAUGUACUCGUGUCCACUAGUGAAUCGUUCAAGUCUGUUAAAGGAUGAAUUGAGAUGGUAUUCUGUGCAUGUUAAAGAUUUGGUAAGAGUUUGGGGCAUGCCUUUUUAAUAACUAGAGCCAUUUAAGUAUGGUUUAAACGUAUUUUUAGCUAAGUUUCCUCCUAGUUGUUCCUUUUGAAACGAUUGACAAUGUCUGAUACCCAAGAGCAAAAUCUUCUGAGUAUUUUGGUGAGCGUGUGUGUGCAUGUGUGUGGUAUGUGUGAUUGAAUGAGAGUGUAUAUGUAUGUGCAUGUGCUCAUGCUCUCCUAGAAUGUCAUGUAGAUACUUUUAAAUUUUUGGUUUUAAAACUUGCUAUCAGACUGAAAUCUUGUAUGCCAAACUUUAAUGUUUUAUGUUUUAAGGCUGAAAGUGUGAAAAUCCUAAGAGGAUUUCAUAUUGAAUAUGUGUACACAAACUUAACUAUAGUGGUGGUAAAUGUACUACUAUAAUUUAUUAUUUUAUCUUCCAGAUAAUGUUAUUCAUUUAGAACAAAUAAGAUAUAUUUUUAGAAUCAACUUUUUAAGCACUAUGAAGUCUUUAAUAAGUUAUAAGGUCUAUGAUGUGUUUACUUUGAAAAUUGCUGUUACAAGCAAGAUAUAUUAAAUAUGUAAUCAUCA